AACGGGUCCCACGGUUGGGUGGAAGGAAUUGCUCGUGUUCUUCUCUAUGUAUCCGAUCGAGAAACAAAAGAAAUGAGAUUGAGAUAGAUCGGAUCAAUAGAUCCAGGUUACACAGAGAAUCAAUCAAUCAAUUCAGUGAGCAACAAUCGUAUAGAGAAUGACGUUCGGAAGUAUUGGAUCGACAUCGCAACAACAGCAGGCCUACGGUGAAGCAAGCUACUGGGAUAAGCGUUACUCGCAGGAAACAGGUCCCUUCGAUUGGUACCAGAAGUAUCACUCUCUUUCUCCUCUCCUCCGCCUUUACAUCUCUCCCCAUCACCGCGUUCUCGUCGUCGGUUGCGGCAAUUCCGCAUUUAGUGAAGAUAUGGUUAACGAUGGUUUUGAGGAUGUUGUCAAUUCCGACAUAUCCUCUGUUGUAAUUGAAGCAAUGCAGACCAAGUACAGUCAUCUUCCUCAAAUGAAAUACAUGAAAAUGGAUGUUAGAGACAUGAAUGCAUUUCAAGGUGGUUUCUUUGAUGCUGUUAUUGAUAAAGGAACUCUGGAUUCUAUUUUGUGUGGUCAUAAUUCUAGAGAAAAUGCCAUUAAGAUGCUGGGAGAGGUUGAAAGGGUCCUCAAGAACAAAGGAGUUUAUAUCCUGAUCACAUAUGGAGCUCCAUCGCAUCGCCUUCACUUGCUUAGAGAUUCCGGGUCAUGGACAGUAACACUCCAUGUCAUAGAUAAGCUUCUAACUGAUAAGAGCUCCGGAAGCCGUCAGUGGGACCUGACAUCUCCAAUUCCAUUAGAAGAUGGAGGAAGCUCUGUUGAUUCUGUUCUUGGGAAGAACCCUGAAAUCCAUUACAUCUAUGUCUGCAUAAAAGGUCAAUUUUCAAUUUUAUUUUUCCUACUGUUCUGGAAUUUGAUUUGAUUUGAUUCGAUUGAUGAUGAUGAUUUAUGUGCUAGUGCAGGAUAAUCAUCUCAAAUGGAUAAGUUUGACAGCAUCGAGCUCUUCAUAACAUUUGUAUCGAUGAAAUAUUUAAUCGUUUCUUCACCAUUUCCUUUGUUUCUUUUGCAUCUAGUUGAUAAUGAAUCAAUAGAUUAUGCAAUGUGUUGUUGUAACUGUAAUCAACUUCCCUUAUCUUUGCAUACAAAAGGAAAAUGCACCAUUUCUUUUCA